AUGGCAGACUCAAAAUCAGCAUACGGCAAAUCUGCUGCGUCCGACACAGACUUUCGCAGAACAUGGGACCGAUCAGAGUACGAGGCAAAGGCCAAAAAAGACCAGGAAGAGCGCAAGGAAGAAGCGAAAGCACGCUAUGAAGCCAAACUUGAAGGCAAGAAGUGGCAUAAGCAGGUGGACAUGUCCUCUCUCGAUGCCACCUCUGCUCGCGGCUCGCGGCUCGAUGUAGCCAGCAUGGUUGGAAAAAGCACUCUUGUCCCGGCUGGUGCAGGUGUAGGCAAGAGAGGGAAGGGCGCAGGGUUCUAUUGCGAGGCUUGUGAUCUCACAUACAAGGAUAACGUGCAGUACAUCGAGCACUUGAAUUCGAAGCAGCACCUCAUCAACACGGGUCAGUCCGGAGAAGUCAAAAGAGCGACUCUGCAAGACGUACACGAGCGGCUGGAGAUGCUGAAAGCAAGAAAGAGGCAACAAGAGGAGGAAGAUAAGAGACUGGGCGAGGUUGAUAUACAGGCUCGAAUCAAGAAGGCCGAGGAACUGGAUGCCGCCGAACGGGAAGAGAAGAGGCGAAAGAGGAACGAGAAGCGACGGAAGGGUGGCAAUGGAAUCAAGCAGGAAGACCAGUGGGAAGGAAGACUGGGAAUCAUCGCAUGA